ACGCUGGACCACCCGGGUACGUUUUGUGUUUGCACGCGCUCAGGCACACAGCGAGCUAAUAGGCGCAUUCCCAAUGGCGCCUACCACCGUCGUCGGGUCGUCCUCGCAACUUUCCCCACAUCCUGCUCGUUCCUCUUCCUCUCGUUGCGUCGCGGCCGCCCACGCCACCGCCAUCCGCAGGCCGCAGGCCGCAGCUACCACCACGGCAUCACCCCAACCCCAACCCACCCCGCCCUUUCGAAACCCAACUGAAAAAAGGGCGCACGCAGCCAGAGCUGCUGCACGCGGGCGCACCCACCUCCCCACUCCUCCCAACGUUCCGUCCGCUCCAAGCAAGGCACCCAACCCGCGCGCGUCCCGAUGCCGGCGCUCGCCGCGGCGGCCGCGGCGUGGGCGCUGCGGGCGGCGGUGUGGGCGUGCCUCGCGGCGUCGGCCAUGCUCGUCGCCGAGGCCGCGUACAUGGGCCUCGCCAGCCUCGUCGCCGCCGUGGCGCUGUGGCGCCGGCCCGGGCGGAGGUACCGGUGGGAGCCCAUGCCCGGGGGCGUGGGCGGCGACGUCGAGGCGGGCCCCGCGGCGGCAGCGGAGUUCCCCAUGGUGCUCGUGCAGAUCCCCAUGUACAACGAGAGGGAGGUGUACAAGCUAUCCAUUAGUGCGGCGUGUGCCCUGACAUGGCCACCAGACCGUAUUAUUAUACAAGUAUUGGAUGAUUCCACUGAUCCGAUAAUUAAGGAACUAGUGGAGCUUGAAUGCCUUGAUUGGGCCAGCAAAAAGAUUAACAUCAAGUAUGAGGUUAGAAAUAACAGAAAGGGAUACAAAGCAGGUGCACUGAAGAAGGGCAUGGAACAUAUAUAUGCCCAACAGUGCGACUUUGUUGCUAUCUUUGAUGCAGAUUUCCAACCUGAAUCUGACUUCCUUUUGAAAACUAUACCGUUUCUUGUGCAUAACCCAAAGAUUGCACUUAUACAAACACGUUGGGAGUUUGUGAACUAUGAUGUUUGCCUGAUGACAAGGAUACAGAAGAUGUCUCUAGAUUAUCAUUUCAAAGUUGAGCAGGAAUCAGGAUCAUUUGUGCACUCGUUCUUUGGCUUCAAUGGUACAGCUGGUGUGUGGCGUGUAUCUGCUAUUAAUCAAUCUGGGGGAUGGAAAGAUCGCACCACUGUAGAAGACAUGGACUUGGCUGUACGGGCAAGCCUCAAGGGAUGGGAGUUCCUGUAUGUUGGUGAUAUUAGGGUUAAGAGUGAACUUCCAAGUACCUUCCAAGCCUACCGACAUCAACAACAUAGGUGGACUUGUGGUGCUGCCAAUCUCUUCAGAAAAAUGGCAUGGGAAAUCAUUACAAACAAGGUUUGUCUCCUCGGACCCCACUCCAUAAGGCAUUGCGAUGAGUUUGUCAUGCAACAGUUACCAUCUGACAUUUUGCAGGAGGUGUCAAUAUGGAAGAAACAUCAUCUGUUAUACAGCUUUUUCUUUGUGCGAAGGGUUAUCGCCCCCCUUGUGACAUUCUUGUUUUAUUGUGUUGUGAUCCCUUUGUCUGCAAUGGUUCCUGGUGUCAGCAUUCCUGUAUGGGGGCUGUUCUAUAUACCCACUGCCAUUACAUGUAUGAAUGCCAUAAGAAAUCCUGGGUCUCUCCAUCUGAUGCCCUUCUGGAUUCUGUUCGAGAAUGUCAUGUCCAUGCACCGCAUGCGUGCUGCUCUAAGUGGUUUGCUCGAGACUGCGCGUGCAAAUGACUGGGUAGUCACUGAGAAGGUAGGAGAUCCGGCGAAGGAUGAUCUUGAUGUUCCACUCCUUGAACCAGUGAAGCCAACCGAAUGCGUUGAGAGGAUUUACAUUCCUGAGAUCUUGCUUGCACUCUGCCUCCUAAUAUGUGCCUCAUAUGACUUGGUCCUUGGAAGCCAUAAAUACUAUCUUUACAUCUACCUCCAGGCCUUUGCAUUCAUCAUCAUGGGUUUUGGUUUCGUUGGAACAAGAACUCCAUGUUCAUAGCAGCUUUGAUGAUGUUACUAGUCCCCAUUUCACAAUUUGCUCCUGUGAGUACAGCUGAACUUUGUAUGCAUUCGUGCAAGGUAAACCUUAUCUGAUGAUAUUGUUUUGCAUGAUACUGGGCCAUGCUUAGUCUAGGGAGUUUUAGAUUCCUAACAAAAAAAAUUCCUUAUUACCACUGGCAACUCAGAAUUUUACGAUUUGCCACUGGUAAACCCAUUUUCGCUGACAUAAUGCGUUUUCUCAAUAAUCGCCCUAUGCUAGAUGUAUUUGCCUGUAGUAGUCCCAUGUCAGAUAUAUAAUUGGGCAUGGAUUUCAGAUUUUGGGUUCAUAGUUGUAACAGGAGGAGAGGCGAGUUUGUAUCCUAGGUUCCUAGCUGAAUUAGGAACCUUGUAGCAUAUAGUUUUAUGAUUGUCAUGUGUAGAGAUGCCAAACCAUGGAUGUAUGAACAUAAUAAAAAGAUGAUGAAAGAUGGUAUUGAUUCUUGUA